AUGGUUUUAUGCGCGGUUUUUGGAUGCGGGACACGAAGUGUCCGUGAUAAAGGGAUCUCCAUGGCGAGAAUACCGUCAGUCAUAACUACUCAAGGUGAAGAAAUGAGGGAACUCUCUGAAGAGAGGAGAAAUAAAUGGAUUUCUGCCAUCAGCAGAGAAGACCUCACAGACUCCAUUUUGGAGCAUGGCCGAGUUUGUGGAAAGCAUUUCAUCUCCGGCCAAGCGGCCAAUCUGUGGGAAAGAUACGAUCCUGAUUGGGUUCCGACCCAAAAUUUAGGUCACAAGAAAUGUGAUUCUGGUGAAAAGCUUCAAAAUCUUGAAGCUGCCGCGAAGCGAGACAAGAGGGCUAGAGAUCGUGAGCUGAAACGACGUGUUGCGGUAGAGCGUGAAAUUGAAAAGCAGCUUCGAGAAGAAAUUAAGCGCAAAAAAACAAAAACUUAAUGAGUCAGAAGAAAGAGUUAUGGAUAUCUCCUUCGAUCUGGAAUCAGUGAUGAACGUAGAGCCUGAGAGUGGUGAGACUGGGACAGCGACUCAAACCGACGAGUUUGAAUAUUUAUUUCGCACCUCUGCCUCGAGACCACCAUUCGAUGAAACGUAUUUCGCUAAUGACGACGAGAAGGUACGUUUUUACACCGGAUUGCCUGCCUAUGAUGUGUUAAAAACAGUGUACCAGAAUGUUUCGCCAUUUGUUAUAAGGAAGUCUCCAACGUUAUCCAAAUUUCAAGAAUGUGUUCUCACGCUAAUGAAACUUAAGCUGAACAUGCCUAUGCAGGAUCUCGCAUACCGCUUUGGAAUAUCGCUACCAACUGUGUCAAGAAUAUUUUUAGCCUGGAUGGUGGUUCUUGAUGUUCGAUUAGCGCCUUUAAUAAAGUGGCCAGAUCGUGAGGAUUUAUGGAGAACUAUGUCUCAAUGCUUCCAGUUUUCCUUUGGGAACAAAACUACAGUCAUCAUCGACUGCUUUGAAGUGUUUAUUGCGAGACCUUCAAAUCUCAUGGCCCGAGCACAAACUUAUUCAAACUAUAAGAGUCAUAACACUGUCAAAAUUUUGGUUGGAAUAACUCCACAAGGAAGUAUUUCAUUUGUCUCCAACGCUUGGGGUGGGAGGACUUCUGAUAAGUAUUUAACAGACAAUUGUGGCAUUCUCAAAAAGCUAUUACCAGGAGAUCUAGUGAUGGCUGACCGGGGGUUUACUAUCCAGGAAAGCCUAAUGCUCCACAAAGCUGAACUUGCCAUUCCAGCAUUUACUAAAGGCAAAGACCAGCUGGAUCCGGUUGAUGUCGAGCAAACCCGUGGCAUUGCAAAUGUUCGUAUACAUGUAGAAAGAGUCAUUGGGCUGCUAAGGAGAAAAUACACAAUUCUUUCAGGAAUUUUACCAAUUGAUUUCUUGCAAUGUGACCCUACUGGUUCCCAAGAGGCUAAAAUUCCUAUGAUUGACAGAAUUAUUACAGUGUGUGCUGCUUUGACAAACCUUUCCAAUGGUAUUGUACCCUUGGAUUAA